AUUAACCUGCUGUCAUUAAAUGAUGGUGCGGACCAGACACUUUGGAGUGGAAACCCUAAAGGAAUAGUUGGACCGCUCAAAGGCGGAGAGAUCCUCAAAUUCUUGACGAAACGUUUGAAUUUCACGUACGAAAUGGUUCGAGUGACGGAAGACAAACUGGAGCCAUCGGAAAAAGCCCCAGGACUUUUCAGCUAUUUAUGGAAUCAACAAGCCGAUUUGCUGGUCCACGAUACGAUCGCCAACUACCAGUACAAUUCAGUCGUCGAUUUUUCAUUGCCAUGGAUUUACGCUUAUUACACUUUCCUCAUCCCAAUCCCUGAUGAAUCGGCCAACGUCAACGCCGUCGUCAAACCAUUUCAAUGGCCGAUUUGGUUAGGACUUGGAAUAUCAAUCGUUUGCGUCAUCACAGUUUUGAAUUUGAUCCAACGCUACUUGCAAUAUCGAUCCGUAAUUGAAACACCAGCACUAAAACCAAUCGACAAUCCACCGGCUGAAAAAAUGAUCUCGUAUGGAUUAACGGGAAAACAAUAUCUUUACGUUUUCGGCAAUUUGCUAUCACAAGGCGGCCCUUGUAUGUCGAAAAGAUUACCCUAUCGACUAGUCGCUGGCGUUUGGACCCUGGCCGCUUUCAUCUUCGUCCAGGCCUACACGUCGACUCUCUUCACUUACGUAGUGACGCCAAUCAGUGAACCGCUAAUCAAUUCAGUCUACGACGUUGUUGACAAUCCCGAUAUCAAAUUAAUAGUCAGGGAAACGGGGUUUAUGAAUACUUUACUAACGGCAAGUAAAUAAAAUGUCAAGACUUUCACAACUUAAAACUUACUCGAAUUUCAACAGACCAACAAUUACACGGGCCUAUUCGGGAAUUUAAGGAGAAGACUGGACACCUACCCAAACUCUCAAUGUGGAUCGUUGACGAACUGCGCUGAUCCCGUCAAAUCAGAAUAUGGAAACGUCUUCCUUGAGGUAACGGUUUGCCGGGGGUUUUUAUUCUUUAAUUUCACAAGAAUUUCUGAUCUUUAAUUAGGCAAACGUUUACCUACUGGAUACAAUCAGAAAAGAUUUUAACAAGACUGGAAACUGCAAUUUUCAAAUGGCAAAAGAAGCAUUUAUCUCCAUCAUGUGUACGCUUGUUCUACAGAAAAACAGUCCCCACACGCAAAUCAUUCAACUAGCGUAAGUAGUAGCUACUGCUGCAAGAUAAAAUUACUCGCCAUUAAUCGUUGUGAUUUAAUUUCAUUCAAAUUGUCAUAACGAAAUAGAACAUUAAAUCUGCAAGAAACUGGACUGGUCGACUUUUGGGACACGUGGUUUCGCCCAAUGCCUCCCCAAUGUACCGGAAAACCCCAAAGUGGACAGAAAAAGAAACUGUCGCCCCUUUCAAUUAAAAAUUUGACCGGUGCUUUUGUUGUUUUGUUAGUUGGAUCGAGCCUUUCCCUUUUGGCUUUUCUUGGCGAAAAAAUUAUUUUUCUACGUAAACUUCGUAUUCGCAAAGUUAAUGAGUUGCUACAACGGAAACACUUUGUCAAGGUAUCACCCAAGACAGAAGAAGCCAAUGAGACAGAAGAAACAACCAUCGUCCUCGAAUAACUUGGGAAUUUAUCAAAAUUGAACUUGAACA